ACAGCACAAACAAUAUUUUCUGCUCAUUUUAUUUGCUUCUCUAGAAAGUAGAAAUUUAGAUUCUAGAUCUAAAUCUAGACUAUUAAUACUAUUAUAGAUGAUAGAUAUGGAGAACUAGUGAACUAGAUAUAGACUAGAGUAGAUUCUCGAUUUAGUUAGAAUCUAUAGACAGUAGACCACUAUUGAGUUUGAGCGUUAGGAUUUAGUUAGAUCUAGAUCUAGAUUCUAUAGAAUUAAAAAUUAAAAUAGCUUAGCCUUAGGCCUUAGCCAGGCCUACCGGUAGUGUUACAGUGAGUGUAGUGACGUGUACUUUACUUUAAACUUAGAAUCUAGAAUCUAGUACUUAGUCACGUUAGUCAACUUUAGUGUGUAGGGCAGUGUACCGUGUAGGCUUAGGAUUUCAAUAAGAAAGAGUCGGACCUUGGGCUUAUAAUCAGUCCAGUGAAUCACGAAAUGAUAAGUUAUAACAGAGGAGAUGAUACAUUAGUUUGUCCUUAUGACACAACUCACAAUGUUCAAAAAAAAUCGUUUCAAGCGCAUCUUAUCAAGUGCAGAGAGAACAACAUUGGAAAGGUCAGCAAAGUAGCUUGCAAGUUUGAUAAAACUCAUAUUAUUCCAAAGCCUGAGCUCAAACAUCAUUUGAGUGAAUGUCCAAGCAGAUCUGUAAUUGACAGAGAUAUACAAUUUUAUGCAAGUGAAGGAAAAUUAAAUACUGGGGAUGUAGUAGGGCCUCAAAUAGUCAAAUGCCACUCAGAGGAAACAACAGAGGAUUGGGCCUCUGCACCAAGUUUUCAGAAAAGAGGAAUGUUUGCAAAAAAUUAUCCAAAUGAUGAAUUUGGGGCUCCUAAUAGUGCCACAUCAAUUUACAAGCAGAAAACAAGCGAAAUCAAACAAAAAAAUGAAGAUAGCUCUGAAACAACUUUUCGCAAAAUGCCUCUUGCGCCCUCAAAAGCUGCACAGAUGUCUGGCUUGCAACCAAUGGGUUCUAGCAGCAGUAAGGUAUAUGAUUAUUCUGUAACACAAGUGCGCUCAAAGCUGCCAACACCCUCAAGUCAGACAGAUAAAAAAGCAUUGACACCAACAGGCAGAGGAAGAGGAGUCUCAGCAUUAAAAGCGGAAUCAAUCAUUGGAGUGCCUGAAGCUGAUAGUGACAUCAGAAGAUAUUCUUUUGAACAUCCUAAUUCUGAACCUGAAAAAUUACACCAGUCAAGGCAAGAGAUUGAAAAUGUAUUGUCUGCCAAGUCAGGCUCUUCAAAACUAAGUAAAAAGGAGCCAGAAGAAGUUGAUGCUAAUCUGGCUGCACUAAAUUUACAACAAAAACUUCUAAAUGAUAAUUUUGAAAAACAGAAUCAAGAGUUUUUAGAAAAGCAAAGGGCAAGUUUAGACAAUUUUUUAGAGAAACAAAAGCAACAACAAGAACUUUUUCUACAGCAGCAAGCUGCUCUCUUACAAGAACAGCAAGAAUUGUUAAAAAAAAGCUUUGAACUAACCUUUUUAUGCAGUAAAAAGGCAGAAGAACCUUUUCAAAGUCCCAGUUCAGUAAAUUUUACAACAAAAAGUCAUGAAAAAUAUCAACUUAGCAAUUCACAAACCCACAAAAAUACUGCAACAACUGAUUUUAAUUCAGAUGUAGACUCUGAUCAAUGGGAGGAUUGUCAAGACCAACUGGAGAUUUCAGAGAGACGCGGGAAAAUGACAGUCAAGUCUCAGUUUAAAAAAAAAGAUUCAAGUGACAACAAAAACAACUUUAUCAGUAUGAGUGUUGCUGAUCUUAUCAAAUCUAAAAAAAGACUGCUCAAAAAAUUAAAGCAAGUUACUGCUAUAGAAUUAAAAAAAAUAAAUGGGAUCAAGCUUUUACCUGAGGAGGAAGCAAAGCUUUCCAGAAAAGAAGAAAUCCAGCAAGAUAUAAAUGAAAUUUCAAAAUAUCUAUGAAUUGUGAAUGUUUAUACUUGUACUAUUUUAAUUUUAACAUGAAUUUUUAUGUAUACUUGUAGAUUUUAAAUAUUAUUUUAGCAAGGUAAAUUAAAACUUGAAUUAAAUGUUUUUAAAAAAUAUCUUUUCUUAAAAUUAUGCUAAUGCCAUUGAUUGGCUCAAUAUGCACUACUUAAGGGGGUUGGCAUUUUUUAAAUUUUAACUUGUUUAGUUUGAUGGGGGGGGGGGGGGGAAGAGAGAGGAAAGAGACCAAACUUAUUUCUUUACAUGGGGUUGGUUUUUAUUUAUUGUCCUUUACAAAAAAACAAUAAGUUGAAUGAUUUGUCAUAAUUAUGAUGUAACUUCUAAUUCUGUUAGUGAGAAUUAAAAUGCUAUAUACCCUUUUUUGUCACAAAUAAAAUAAAACGUAUGAUUUUUUAA